UGAAGUUUUGUAUAAAAUCUUAUUUUAUAUAUCUCAAUAUCUCAAUGACGGUUUGGUUGAUCUAGCUGUUUAGAUUACCAAAUAUUAUAUAUACUCUGUCAUCUGAAGUAUUGGUUUUCAUGGUGAAAUAAAGUCAAAAUGUCGCAAAGAAAUGUGAGAAAACUGCUUGGGGCUGCAACAAUCCCACCACCAAAUGAAAGUUCAGAUGAAGAAUAUGAACCCCUCUACACCAAAAAUGCAAAUAAAAGCACAUAUGAAGGACUGGUCGUAAGUUCCUCUUCAGAAUCGGAACAUGAAGCUGUGCCUUCAACUGAAGAGUCUGCGCCUGAGGAUAAAAAAGAAAACCAAAAAAGGAAGAAAAAGAAGAUAAAGAAGAAGUCAACUACAGAUGAUCUGGAUGAAAUCGAUAAAUCUUUACUUGAGGUUAAUGCAUUGUUAGGGGAGCCUUCUCAGCCUCCCGCUGUUGAUCCUGAACCAGAGCCAGACGUUUCACAGGCAGUGUUUGCUACUAAAUACAAACACUUAAACGUUGUAUAUGAGUUGAAUAGGAUAUUUGGUCGUGAUAGUGAUGAAGAAAACAAGAAACGACGAGGAAGGAAGCCCAAUUUAAAGCGUAUUCAGAGCAAUACUCUAAUUAAAAAGGAAUAUAAUUUCAAAAAAGGAGGUCUCUCCAUGUCAAUAGACCGACGUGAAGACGGUCUGACGUUUUUCAAAUUUGACCAUAGUCGCGAAUAUCAACGACACCACAUGGAGUUCUUGAUGAAGCUGCUACAAAUGCGUCUUAUCACAGAAGUUGAGGACGCCCUCAAACAUAUGCACGUCGAGGGACUGUUAGAGGCAAUAGAUAUGAUGUUCAGAGUCGAUGAUAACUCGGGCGCAAAUACUCUCGUGGAACAUUUAAUUGCCUACAUGCAACAUGUUGCUCAUCCGUCAUUCAAUAUUACCGACAUAAGAAAUCGUCUGGAAUAUAAGUUCCCGGAGAACCGUCCGUUCCAUAUCAUUCUGCUCAAGUAUCUACAUCUUUUGACUAAUAGAGCAUGUCAUCGCACAUCGCUUGAGAUAGCUAAGCUGCUUCUCAAUCUCGAUCCUUGCGAUCCACUUGCUGUGGUGUUCAUAAUAGACACGGUGGCAUUGCGGGCCAGGGAACAUCAAUGGCUCAUUGAAGCCAUUGAAUAUCUGGAUAAGGAGCGUGAUGUACUAUUCCUCUUUAACAUCAAGUUUUCAUACGCCUUAGCACACUUCCACGUCGCUACCAAGAAAAAGGCAAAACCGGAUCUGACGCUCAGCGACGAGCUGUUGAAGAAAGCUAUGAUAGCAUUCCCGUGGUCUGUUAAAGAGAUCCUUGAGGCUUCCAAGACCUUUUCUGAAGAGAAUCUACGUAAUCAUGAAUUUUUCGACGAAUAUGCUAGCGCUACAACGUCUAAGCACCUAAAGGAGCUGACUCAUCUGCACGUUGCGUUUGCCGGUUCAUGGUGGAACGAGCAGCCGGUUCGUGAAUGGCUCCUGAGAAAUGGAACCGAAUUAGUCGAAAAAUACGACAACGAUGCCGCUCUCAAGGAAGAGGUCAAGAGGAUGGAACAAGUGCGAAACACUCUAUUCCGCGGCAUGCCGACGGAAGUGCUGCGGCACCUCAGCGUCAUAAAGUAUAUGGCAGAUCUGCUUAUCGAUAGAGAGAUUCCUAAUGUCGAGCAAGCAUACAGCUUCGACCCGCACCCGGCUUGGGACAGCGUCAACCGCUACAGCUACGCCACUCCGUUGAACACAGCCUAUCUGCAGCAGAAUUUGGACAGUACUCUUAUUACAAACUUCUUCGCAUCGCUAAAUCCUAACUUCGAAGUGCCGUCUCCCGAGGAGUUGCAUGCGUUAUAUUUUUCGGGGCCAACUUUGAAUCAACUAAGAAACGCUAUAAAUGUAAUUGAUGAGAUAGAUGAUGAAGAUAGUGAAGAUGAAGAGAGCGAGGAUGAAGAAAGUGACGAUGGGGAUGCUGCAGAGAGUUACGAAGAGGAUGGCGAUAUCGAAGAUAGUGAGGAAGAUGACGAGGAAGCCGAGGAGAGCCAGGAAGAAGAAGAAGAAGAAGAGGAGGAGGAGGAUGAGGAAGACGAAGACGACGAAGAUGAAGAUGAAGACAGCGAUGGCGAUGAGUCAGCAAAUGAGAGUGAAGACGAAAAAUCUAAUAAAAAGUCAUGCAACAAGAUUGACGAACCGGAAGAAAUCUGGACGGACUAAGAUCAAAGAGACAAAAAAAAAACAAGAAAAAAAUGGAGGCAUACAACAACAUUUGAAUUUCAAUUUAACUAAAGAAUAAAACAAUAUUCAUUUGUUUAGUUU